AUGUCUUCUCGAAGUGUCAGUCGAAAAGCUUCGGACAUCAACAAACGUAAAAGUACUCCAGAACCAUCAAAUAGGACACCUUCUUCUCCGUCGACAUCCAAUUCGAAUCACCAUUCGGUGGUCCUUUCCAACGCCACAGCCGUUGAACAAUAUGGAUCUUCAUCGGACGAUGAUUUUGAAAGUCUUCAUCAUGAUGAGGCAAGUGACAAUAAUCGACUUCAGUCAACAACUACAACACAAAUGGGUUCGAGUCAUGAUGAUUUAAAACACAAUGUAGUUGAUUUUGAAAAUUCUACCAAUAAUAAUUUUACCAAUGUCGUCACGACACUGCCACCUGUCAUCACCACACAGGUCAAUAUCGCCUCACCAACAACCACCUCUCUGUCGUUAUCCCCCUCGGAAAACAUGAGAAAUACAAAAAAUAAUACCACCACUGUUCGUAAGAAUAAGGAAGAUGAUGAACAAACUCUCCUCAAUCGAAUUAUGAAUGAGUAUGAGUCUGAUGCAGGAGACGACGAAAACAAAAAGAAUGUUGAUUAUAAUCAAGUGAAUAUCAGGAGGAGCAACUCGAAGAAAAAUAAUGAACCCAUCUUGAAUUCAGGAAACUCACAUCCAACAGAUAUUGGGAUUAAGGAUCAUCAUGAAGAUCUUCAUGGAUAUUCUUCUGAAGAUUCUUUUCAGGAUGAAGUUUCUCCAUUUAUUCCACAAUCAUCUCAUAAGGAUCCUAGCUCUCUUACGAAUCGAGAAAUAUUUGAAUCGAUUCAACAAAGAAAUUUGAAUUCCUCAAAUUGGAAUACUUCGACUCAGGACGGAUCUGUUUCAUCACAGAAAGCGAUUGUGACAACGAAUGAGGCAGACGAGGAGGAUGACGAUGUAUUGAACUAUGAUACUUAUAGAAAAGUGAAUUGGAAAAAUGCAUUGUUGUCACAUUUUUGUUUUAGAUGUGGAAUUUUCUUUUUGAGUGGAGUAUUGAUUGGUUUGACUAUCUUCUUGACUCUGUGGUUUGCCAUUUAA